CUCUUCUUAUAGGUCAUACAAAAUACUAAGAAAAAUUUUCUUUCAAGAAAAAGAGUGGAAGUAGCAGAUUUUUAUCAUGGUAAUGACAAGGAGAGGAUCUCCUUCCCUUUUUGCUGGGAUUAAGCUUCUUGUUAUGAUAAUUUGCGUAUCCAUCCACACAGAGAUGGGAUAUGCGUGGUGGCCAGAUAUAUGUACUCCUGGUGAUACAUAUAUAGAGAGGAACCAUAUUAAUAUACCAGAAAAGUGCGACAGUUCCGUUUGCAGUGAUUGGUGCAGCAGUGAAUGUGCGAGUAUUGGGAGACCAGUUGCCAAAACGAAUUGUCAACAACCUCCCCCAUACCUGGAUUGCCAAUGUUGCUGUGAGGCUCCAAAACCGGCACCCUGCUCUCCACCAUCGCCAUCACUUCCUCCAUCUCCACCAUCCCCACCACCACCACCCGGGAAUUGGCCGGACGAAAGUCUAAAUUGGCGUAUAUGUUCAGCUGGACAAGAAUACGAAGAGAUCGAACAUGAGAAUCUCAAUGAUUGCGCUCUUAAACCUCAAUGUGAGACCAAAUGUAAGGAAAAAGGCCUUUUCAGUGCAGGAUCACAGUGCGUGGGAUCCAGUAGAGACUACGAGGGAGGUGAUUAUUCUUGGUUCGAGCAGUGCUGUUGUUCAAACACUCCCCCACCACCACCUCCAUGCUUUACCUGCUGUGGAAGUUGUUGUCCGGUUGAUAUAAAUAUUCAGAUCUCCAUAACUCAAGGCUCUGGUGGUCAACCACGCGUAGUCACAUUAUAAUCACCAUCGUCCUCCUCUUCUGCAACACCAUGUAGUAUGUUUUUUUGUUUUGACACAUAACACCAUGUAGUAUGUUAUCUCCUGCUAGCUGCAGCAAAAAGGAGGAAAACCAUCAAUAAAUUCAUUUUAUCUCGGUGAAAUAAAAUGAAUACUAUACAAUUUUGAUUAAGUGUCGGCAAUGUGAUUUGGUCUGUAGUAUUGACAGUCUCUGUAAAUCUAGAUCCAGAUGUGGAAGCCAGAAUUAAAUAUUUCUCGCGCAUUGCAUGACGCUUUAUAGUUAAAUUAUAAAUCGA